AUGGCUGAACGCCCUGACGCAAAGCAGUCCAGCACGGGCACUGAGUCGAAAUCCGCCGCAGCAGAAUCGCAACCACAGGACCUUCCCGGAGCAGCAGUUGAGGACGACGACUCAGAUCCCGAUUUCGACGACCUCGACGACGUCCUCGACCAGUUUUCCGAAGCAAGGGCCACCCAACAGCAACAGCAGCAGCAGCAGCAGCUACAGCAGAGAUCUGAGCCCUCAGAACCCACGCCUUCCUCCUCCGGUCCAGGUAGACCCGGCUCAGAAGCAGCUCUCCCACCAGACAUACCAUUGCCGUCCGGACCCCAUGAAAACGAGUCUGAAGACGCCUUCAUGGCGCGCCUCACCGCCGAGAUGUCCUCCGUCAUGUCGAAGAUGAGUCUGGACCCCGCCGCCAGCGCAGCCACACCGGAAGAUAUCGCCAAGAUGGGUCGCGAAUUGGAGGAAUUCACGCAAAAGAUGGAAGCAGAGGGCAUUCAGCCAGAGGACCUGCUUAAAGCUAUCCUGGGCGAAGACGCUGGCUCCAAAGUUUCCGACCUGGCGCACGACGAACACGACCGUCGUGAGAGUGAGAGCAAGGGCGACAGCAAACCGGCGUUGAGAUCUAAAGCAUCCGAAUCCACAAGCCCCGAGACUUCAUCACGACCCGCAAAAGAAGACCGCCCCGCGAGUUCAUCUCCCUCCUCUUCCUCCAAGACAGCACCGAAACAACCGUCAACCUCCUUCGAAGACACUAUCCGCCGCACCAUGGCCCGCAUGUCGGAAUCCUCCGCCGCAGCCACCAGCGCCACCACAACCGCGACGCAGCAGAAAUCGGAGGAGGACCUCCUCGCCGAUCUUCUCCGGUCCCUGGAUUCCGAUUCUGGGGAUGCCUCCGAAGGGGAUCUCUCAAAGAUGUUCCUCUCCAUGAUGGAACAGUUGACCAACAAGGAGAUGUUGUACGAGCCCAUGAAGGAACUGGCGCAGAAGUUCCCUGACUACCUGGAAGCCAAUGACCCGAAGGUGCCGAAACAAAAGUCAAAGAGCGGUGGGAGUAGCAAGGCAUCGAAACUGUCGCCCGCCGACUUUGACAGGUUCACACGCCAGCACAAGAUCGUGGGCGAUAUUGUCGCCAAGUUCGAAGAGCCGAGCUACUCGGACGAGGACCCCAAGUGCAGGGAAUUCAUCUGGGAGAAGAUGCAGGAGAUGCAGGCCGAGGGCGCUCCUCCCGAAGAACUGGUCGCGAAUCCGUUUCCCGGCGUGGGAAUGGGUGGAUUGCUUGGCGGUGGCAGCGCAGGUGCCGGCGGAGAGGGCCCAGAGGAGGGUUGUCCUACGCAGUGA